AAUAGGGUGGAUAAAAUAACAUUUCAUAAUUAUAAGCUGAGUUUUCAUACAUGUAUAGAAAUUCAGUCACAUGGCUUAGUUGUAUAUUGUUUAUUUAUUCGUAAGAUUAUUUAUAUCGUCUUGUAUUUUCAUUUAAUUCUGUGUCCAUGCAUAGAGGCUACAAAUUCUAAAAGUUUCCAUGUCUGUUUACUUUUGUGCGAACAAACCAGUUUUCCCACAGCCAGGGAAGGCAACACAGUUUAACAAGGCCGAGUGCCUGAAAGUCAUUUGUUUUCCCUGAAUCGGCCUGACUGGAUUGGACGGCCGGGGGUCCCGCCCACAAACACACAAGGUGGAGUUGAAAAGAAAAAACAUGCUGGGCCAAAAUGAAGCUGUCAAACAGCCGCUUACAGUUUGGUAAAAGAGAAAUGGGCAAUGUGAAAAGACGAGAAGACUGCCAUGUGGACGUAUUAGAUAAUUAUCUCUUGAGUUGAAAUCUGACACUGAUGCAUGAAGAUUAUAAACUUCAAAAAUAUAUAUUUUUUAUGUGAAUUACAUUAAGUUAAGGGAGUAUGUGAGAUUAGCCGGUUGCAUUAAAUUAGACAACCAUUGACACUGCUUUGGCUUUCAUGAAACUUUCAGCGACCUGAGAAAAUAUUACAAACUUCGGCUGGAGAUCAGAAAGGGUGGCCUCCGGGAGUAAAAAAUAAUCGCCCGCGGUUGGGUUCAGAAAUAACGGUGCGAGAUCGGAAAAAAAAUGUGGAUGUCUCGGCAUCGCGAAUGGUUGGAUGGAGAGGAGCUGCUGCGCGUUGAGUGGAGGGAGACGGCGAGAGAGAUGGAGGCGGGGGGGAAGGACCAUCUCUGCGGGGACUGGAGCCCAGGACCGACGGCGCAGUGCUGGCUAUCGUUCAACCCUCCCCUUCUUCCUCCACAACGACGCCGAGGCUCACGCCGAGAGACAGAUAAAAGAUAGUACAACCACAAAUGAAUGGAGAAAUGGAGGCAACCACCCAAGACCAAGUUUGGGCACAGGAUGACCUCUUAAAAUUGCUGGAGGCCAUGAAAGUAGCCCUGCCUCAGAAAGACCUGACUAAAUACAAAACAUCAGAGUCCCACCUUGACUGGCAGAAGGUGGCAUUCAAUUCCUACACAGCAGAGAUGUGUAAGCAGAAGUGGCAGGAAGUCUCUAAAGAGAUUCGAAAGUUCAGGACUCUAACCGAACUGAUAGUUGAUGCUCAAGACUAUAUCAAGAACCCUUACAAGGGCAAGAAAAUAAAGAAACAUCCAGAUUUUCCCAAGAAGCCCUUGACUCCAUACUUUCGCUUCUUCAUGGAAAAGAGGGCCAAAUACGCAAAGUUGCACCCUGAGAUGAGCAACCUAGAUCUGACUAAAAUCCUCUCAAAGAAAUACAGGGAGUUGCCUGACAAAAAGAAGAAAAAAUAUGUUGAUGACUUCUUACGAGACAAGGAAUCAUUUGUGCAAAGUAUGAUGAAGUUCAGGGAAGAACACCCAGACCUUGUGGAGAGCAUGACCAAGAAAGGUUCAAAUGUCCCAGAGAAGCCCAAGACACCCCAACAGCUGUGGUACAACCAUGAAAAGAAGGCCUUCCUCAAAACACACCCAGAUGCGACCACCAAAGACAUAAAGGACAGUCUUGGCAAACAGUGGACACAGUUGUCCGACAAAAAAAGACUCAAAUGGAUCACAAAGUCCUUGGAGCAGCAGAAACAGUAUGAGGAGACGAUGCGAGAGUACAUCCAGCAGCACCCAGAGUUAAACAUGAACCAAGGGGCUAUAUCAAAAUCCACCCUGACCAAGGCCGAGAGGCACCUGAAGGACAAAUCUGACGGCCGACCUGACAAACCACCGCCAAAUGGUUAUUCUAUGUUCUGCGCGGAGUUGAUGUCCAGCAUGAAGGACGUACCCAGCACAGAGCGUAUGGUGAUGUGUAGCCAGCGGUGGAAGUUGCUGAAACAGGGCGAGAAGGACGGCUAUCAGAAACGCUGUGAACAGAGAAAGAAGGAGUAUGAAAUUGAGAUGAACAGAUUUCUCAGUAGUUUGUCAGUGGAGGAGCAGCAGCGGGUCUUGGGCGAGGAUAAGAUAGGUUUUAAGAGGGGCAGUGGAGCCAGCAGUCCUGCCGCCAAAAAGAAAAACCCUAAAGCAAAAGCCAAUCCAGAGAAACCCAAAAGGCCCAUUUCAGCCAUGUUCAUAUUCUCUGAGGAAAAACGUCCCAAACUGCAGCAGGAGCGACCAGACCUUUCUGACAGUGAACUCACGAGACUGCUGGCGCGCAUGUGGAAUGAACUGCCAGAUAAGAAGAAGGAGAAGUAUAAACGCUUAGAAACGGUCCUGAAGGCAGAGUCAGAGAAGAAGGAGAAGGAAGAUCGUAGUCGUCUGCCAGACCCACCCAAGACUGCUCAGGACAUCUGGCAGCAGAGUGUCAUUGGAGAUUAUCUGGCCAGAUUCAAGAACGAUCGACCGAAGGCACAGAAAGCAAUGGAAGCAACCUGGAGCACCAUGGAGAAAAAAGAGAAGAUCAUGUGGAUCAAAAAGGCAGCAGAGGAUCAGAAAAGAUAUGAGAGAGACCUGUGUGAGAUGCGCUCACCUGUUGCUGCCAUUGCCUCAGGGAAGAAGAUGAAGUUUGAGGGUGAACCCAAGAAACCACCAUCAAACGGUUAUCAGAAGUUCUCUCAGGAGAUGCUGUCCAAUGGAGAGCUGAAUCACCUACCGAUGAAAGAGCGGAUGGCUGAGAUUGGCAGCCGCUGGCAGAGAUUACCGCUGAAGGACAAGGACCGCUACAAGAAGAUCGCUGAGGAAAAGCAGAGGCAGUAUAAAGUCCAACUGGAACAGUGGCUCGCCAGCUUGUCUUCACAAGAGAGAAACACUUACAAAGAAUAUAAUUCACAAAAAAGGAGAACAACUGCAAAACCAGGAGGCCCCAAGGCGAAGGUCAAGAAAUCUGACACCGAGGAAGAGGACGAUGAGGACGAAGAUGAUGACGACGAUGAGCAGGAAAAGGCUUCCUCUGACGCAGACUCAUCCAGCGAGGAUGAUGAAGACGAUGAAGAGGAUGAUGACGACGAUGAAGACAAGGAGGAAGAUGACGAUGAAGAUGAUGACGAGGCGGAGGACAAGGAGAACAAGUCAGAGGACAGCAGCAGCGAAUCGAAUUCACCAGGGACAUCAGACUCUGAUUCGGACUGAUGGAUCAGGUCGACAUCGUCCUGAGACGAACUGAGCAGCGCUGAGCUGAGCCAAGAGUCCAGGGAGCUCUGCCACUGUGCCAACCCUGCUCUCCUCCCACCACCAGAGGGAGCCCCUGCAUUGCCUCAUCCAUUUCACACUCACCCACUUUAUGUUGCUGCGUUGGUGAUCUGUACUCAUGGAGGGACACUGUCCUUAUGUCCAAAAUCUGUUUCAUUCCCUCCCCGCUGUGAUGGUCAUCUCACAGCACGGGCCGCUGACAUUAUGCCAAAAACAGCAUCCCACUGGUUUGGUGAUGUCAUGAACAUUUCUGCCGCUGGUUUCAAUCUUGAUUUGCAGGUUCAGUGGUUUAAGGUUAGAGUUUUAAUGUCCAGGGUAAUGAAUUACCCUCCAGUGUUUCUUCUAUUAUUCUGAUAAUUAGCUGGAGAUAGGUGGCAUGAGUUGUGAACAGGCUUCAUGGAGCCAAAGAACAUGUUAUGGGGAUCACUUUAGGGAAGGGGGGAUGUGCGGGGCACUGAAAAAUUGCACUCUUCAGAAUGUUUCAUUUAAUAUUUUUUUCCAGAAUUUUGUCGCUUUGUUCUCUAUUCUCAUGUUAUGAUGUAGAUUUUAUCAUUUGGUUCUUAAAGAGGUGGUAUUUUUUCAGGAAAAAAAACAAGCCAUUAUGAAUGUCUUUUUUUUUUGUUGCUGGAAAAUUUCAGAACUUGUUUCUUACCUGUGUUUUCAUUUAAAAAAGACAGUGCCUAUAAAAUGUUCACCCCCCUUUUGA